UGUUAUACAAUAUUUACUUUUCCUUCCACAGUGACUAGACUAUUCUGAUUGUCCUCAAGAGAAAAAAAAACUUUCCAAAUUGUGCUUUGAGCUUUUUUUUGCUUGGCUUUCAUGGCUGCAUAAAAGCGAAACCUUGCUUAUAUCACAAAUAUAGUGUUUCAAGUAAUAAUUCUAUGGAGUUAAAUAGUCCAGUUGUUUGUAACAUCAGUGUGCUAAGCCUUGUUAUCUAAGUAAGGAAAUAAGCUCACUAACAUGUGGCUGUCUAUGGGUGGUGUAAUGCUCUGUUAUUGGCUGUGCUAGCUUAUGAGAAAGACACAUACUUUAUAUACACAACUGGAUGUAUACACAGAAGUGUAUCUUUGUAACUUUGAGGUGUGUCAGAACUAUUUUUUUGUUUGUUUGUUUUUGUUUUUUUAAAGUGUUUUUGGAUGAGCACUGGGACUUGAUAAUAAUCCACAUUUUUCUUCAUGAACUUUAAAAUAAGGAUAUAUCAAUCAUUAGUACCCCCAGUACUUUAGCACUUCCUCCUCUCCACUAAGGCUCUUUGGUGCUCAUAUCCUUCCUCCUAUCUGUGUGACAUCACACAAAUGCAUCCUGAGAUUUUUUUCUGGCCAUAUUUAGAGAUUUUCCUCCUUGCUUUUUUUGUCUGAUCUAUUGCAGCACAAAUGGAAUUUCAAUCAAGUCUUCGGAAAAGGCAUAAACAUUCCCGAUGUCUGGGACAGUGUCCAAACCUCAAGUAGACCAGUCAGUUAUACUGUACUAAUAUGAAAGAAUAAAAACAUGCACUAGGAUGCUUUAUUUUAUGUAUUUAUUAAAUUAAAUGUGUGUAGAAAAUCACACUACUGAUAUAUACUGUAUUCCUGAAACCUCAGCUGAUGCAUAAAUUAGACUUCUGUAGAAAUAAUAAUAAAGGCUCUAGUUUGUAUCUCAUUCUCUUUCUGCUUGGUUUUGGUACUUAGUAGUUGUGUGUUUUGGGUCUGCUCCAUGAAAGGGGGUUGUCCUGUGAAUGUCUGGAGCUGCCCACAGAGCUGUCUGGCUGCCAGAUGUACAGUACUUCCCCGCUGCCCCCUUGGGAGCUCCUACUUCAACUCUGGCACUGUAAGAAAAGAACCAGAAGCUACAUGACUAAAGAGUAGCAAAUGUCUAGUUGGCUUUUGUGUUUGUGCUUCAGAAAACAGGGCUUGUUAUGUUGAGAAGAUAAAGCUAGCAGCUCAGAAACUUUGUUGCUUUGUUUGUUGGUUUGUUUCAUUAAAAAAAGCUUGAAGUGGUCUGAAAUGAAGAAGCAAAAAGCAAAGGACAUCGGCACAGCUGUGAGAUCCUCUGUGAAGAUUAUGGGCACUACUGCUAGUGCAGGGUCUCAGCCUGCGUCAGCGACUCCUACACACCACAUCGAUCACCAAGUUGGUGACAUAGCUGAAGACAAGCGUUCCAUGAGCAGCAGCUCUUCGCAGGCACUGAACAUUCCCAACAGCAAGGCCAAGUCCAUUAUCACAAACAAGGUGGCCCCGGUUGUCAUCACGUAUAACUGCCGGGAAGAGUUUCAAAUUCAUGACAGUAUCCUCUCAGCUAACUACACUGUGGGAAAAAUAUCUGAUACACUGCCUGAGCAUUACCUAGUGUUGGGGGAGUUUUUUAUGGUGCAGGAUGUGAAUAGUAGAGCAGAUGUCUUAAACACUACAGGAAGCUACGGGGCCCCUAACUUCCGGAAAGCUAAGGAAAACUACCCUCUGUUUGGAAUGGGCCAGGCCAGCCUGAACGGCUUCAAACAGGUCCUCCAGAGGCUAGAGAAUGAAGCUUAUGAGGAAGUGAUAUUCAUCUGUGUGCGGGAAGAGCCUGUUGUUUUCCUGCGUCUGGAUAAAGACUUUAUUCCAUACACUCCCAGAAGGAAAGAGAACCUCCAUGAGAACCUACAUGACCUGAGAAGGGUGGCCAGAGCAGAGCAGCUGGAGCUCACCAUCAGAAAAGAGCUGUGUGACUUUGCUAAACUCUGUGAGAACAUCUUCUACGUUUAUAAUGACAUUGAAAACUUUAAAGAUGAGCCGCAACAUGUUAGGAUUGUGUCUGAGGAGGACAUACAUGUAACCGAGGAGGUUUACAAAAGACCACAGUUUAAUUUGUCUUCUUACAGAUAUUACAGACUCCUGCUUCCUAUGGAGGGGGCACCAGAGGAGGAGGAUUUUGAUGCAUUUGUAAAUGUGCUUAGGAAAAGCCCUAGCUUGUCAGUAUUGCGUGAUCGCUCCAAGCCUCUGCCUGCACUGCUGUUUAGCUGCCAGGUGGGGGUGGGACGAACCAACCUCGGCCUUAUCCUCGGUGCACUAGUCUUUCACCAUCUACAUGGGGCGCAGUAUAACACCAGGGAAGAGGAUACACUGGUCAAGCAACAGCCAGAGUUUCAAGUCAUUCAGAAUCUGAUCAGUCGUCUCCCUAAAGGUCAACAAGUGCUUGAUGAGGUCAAUAACGCAAUUGAAAUGUGUUCAGAAAUGCAUAACAUCAAAGAUGCAAUAUAUGAAAAUAAAAGAAAAAUGGAAGCAAUUUGUGAGGAUUAUCAGAUACAAGGUAGCAGUACAAAGGCCUAUUUCUUGCAAAGAACCCUUCAGAGUCUUGAGUCUUACUUCUACUUAAUAGUGUUCAAUGCUUAUCUUCACGAUCAGUAUCCUCAGAUGUUUGGCCAGAGUUUCAGUCAAUGGCUGUGUGUGAAUGCAUGGAUCUACAGGCUGCUUGGCAGUAUGAACCGUUCUGAGCUCUUAGCACCAACCAGCCUUGUCACUGAUGGAACCAGGAUACUGGUGGCCAGUGAGUUUUUGGUACCAGACGUACUUGGUACAGCCAAGGAAAUGAGGGUGGCCAACUUCAGACGAGUUCUUAAGACAACUGUGUAUGGCAUGGCCCAGCCAAGCUCUGAGGCUGUUUCUAUUGUGUUAUCUUACCUCACGGAUGAGCGACGGAGGCAUUCCAGCAUUGUAUGGGUGAAUCUGCAAGAGGAACUGAUUCUGGAAGGUAAUGGGCAGAUGUUCACCUCUCGAGAACCAGGCUGUCUGGAGCAACCAAUCCAAGUGUAUGUGCAGAACCCACAACAACAUGAGACAAUGGAGCUGGCACUAAAGGAGGAUAUUCUCAGGUGUGAGAAGUGGCUUGAGGUAGUUCUUGAACAAGAGAAGCAGAUGAGAAUGCUGAAAAGCUGUUAUACUGUCCAGGAAGUCUUUGCCAAGCAAAAGAGCAUUUACCCAGGCCUCACAUAUCAGCGUCUCCCUAUUACUGACUGUUGUGCUCCAAAGGAGGAGUUUUUUGACCAGCUAUUAGAGGCCAUGAAGUGCAGUCUUGGAGAGGACCCCAGCUCAGCUUUUAUCUUCAACUGCAGUGAUGGGAAAGAUCGAACUACAACUGCCAUGGUCAUCGCCACACUUACUCUCUGGCACUUCAAUGGCUUUCCUGACUGUGUGGAUGACGAAAUUGUAAGUGUGCCAGACGCAAAGUACACAAAAGGAGAGUUUGAGGUGGUGAUGCAGGUGGUCAGACUGCUCCCUGAUGGUCACCGUAUGAAAAGAGAAGUGGACAUGGCCCUAGACAUCGUCAGCGAGACAAUGACUCCCAUGCAUUACCACUUACGGGAGAUCAUUAUAUGCUCGUAUAAACAGAUCAAAACAGCAAAAUCAGAUGCUGAAUUGCAGCAGUUACGUCUGAGAAGCCUGCAGUACUUGGAGCGCUAUAUUUACUUCAUCCUAUUCAACAGUUACCUCCACCUAGAGAAGAAAGACUCCUGGAGACGACCGUUCAGCCUGUGGAUGCACCAGGUGGCAGCACGAGCCGGCAUCUACGAUUUCCUCAACCAGCUGGGCUUCCCUGAGUUUGAGGCACCUAAGAGCUGUCCACUGGCCAGACUACGCUACCGCUGGAGACAGUAUAAUGCUUACUCGCUGCCCAUCCGUGGAGAGCUCAUCUAACAGAAUGCUAGCUUUUCACAGAGGAUUCAGAUUGGGCUGUUUUAUGAUUCGGGACACUAUUUUAGGUUUGAUGAGCAGUGGCUCAGUCAAUUUUGGGCUACUGAUUAGAAUGUUAAGAGGGCAAAUGCCAGCACCACCAAGAUACCGCUUGAGUAAGGCCCUUAACCCCCUAACUGCUCAGCUCAAGUGUAAGGAUGAAAGUGCUUGUGAAAUUAAUAAGUGGAAAUGAUGAUUCACAUCUCUGAUUAUUCCUAAAUAUAUGAAACUGAAUUAAACUUCAGAGAUUGUGCAAAUUCAGCUGUGGUGUCAAAUUUCACGCAAAGGUUUUACCCCCUUUUCUAAACUAAGCCAACACAGGCUAUGAUGCACAACAUGGCAAACGUGGAGGUGGAUAGGUACAACAGCAGAUGAUCACAUCGAGUUCCAUUCCUGUCAAGAACCGAAAUCCUAAGCUACAGUGGGCACAGGCUCACCGAAAAAGUAAAUAAAAUGUGAUGUUUUUCCAAUCUUCAACUAUCCAUUUUUCACACCCUUAUGUGUAAACUCUAAAGACAUUUGUGCAUGAAAAUCCCAGGAGAUCAGCAGUUUCUGAAAUACUCAAUCCAGCCUGUCUGGCACCAACAUCUAUGCCAUGGUCAAAGUCACUGAGAUCACACAUUUUCCCUUUCUGAUGUUUGACGUGAACGCUAACUGAAGCUCUUCACCUGUAUCUGCAUGACUUUAUUAAUUGCACUGUAGCCACAUGACUGGAUUUGUAUAAUUACAUG